ACCGACCUCUCCAUCCAUUCUCCCCCCAGAACUAUUGUCGUCCCCUCAAUUCCUCACGAUGAGGUUGUUCACCGGUGUCUUCUUCAUUUCCUCGCUCGUCAGCGCAGCGGUGGUCGAUGUUCAGCCCUCUGAUCCCUACAAUGCUAGUCUUGUGGAGUCAAAUAAAUUGAGGCGAGUCCUGCAAAGGAAGGUGUUGUACGAGCACGCGAAGAAGUACCAGAGUUUCGCGGACACCACACCUGAGCGGAAUCGUGUUGCUGGCUCCGCUAGCCACAACUUGACAGUGGAUUAUCUUUAUGAUACUCUUGUGGCCACUGGGUACUAUAACGUCGAGAAGCAGCCCUUCACUUAUAUCUACUCGGAGGGGAAUGCAUCGUUCUCUGCCCUCUCGAAGGUAUAUGAGUCGGAAUACAUGACCUACUCGCCGUCUACCGGGGGAUCUACUAUAAAAGCCCAGCUAGUUAAGGUAGCCAAUCUUGGUUGUGACCAGGUAUGUUUAAAAAUUUCUCGAUGCGAGAAUUCUUUCACUAACCAUCAACAACAACAGAGUGACUACCCUGAAGUCAAGGGAAAGAUCGCUCUGAUAUCCCGUGGAGACUGCCAAUUCGGUUUGAAGGUUGCCCGAGCAGGCGCCGCUGGAGCCGCCGGUGCCGUCAUUUACAACAAUUUGCCUGGCCUGAUUGGUGGCGGUACUCUCUCUAACCUCACCCGCCCAGAAGGCCCCUAUGUUCCCCUUGCAGCCAUCUCUGGGGCUGACGGGGCUGCCUUGGUCGCUGCUGUUGAGGCGGGGCCGGUUCAGGGUAGUUUAUCUGUCAACGCUACAAUUGACGUCAAGUACACCAAUAAUGUUCUCGCCACUACCAAGGGAGGGGAUCAGAGCAAUGUCAUCAUGUCCGGAGCCCACACGGAUUCGGUUUCUGCCGGCCCUGGUAUCAAUGACAACGGUUCCGGGUCUAUUGGAAUCCUCGAGAUUGCUCUGCAAUUGACUAAGUGGUCAGUCAAGAAUGCCGUAAGCUUCGGUUUUUGGUCUGCCGAGGAAUUUGGGUAUGUUUAAGUCCGUUGGGCACUGCGAAUAUACACCCCAAUCUGACAUGAGCUCCAGCCUCAUUGGAUCUAGUUAUUACAUCGAUAACCUCCCCGAAGACGAACGUGCCAAAAUCGCCCUGUACCUCAACUUCGACAUGAUUGCAUCCCCCAACUUUGGAUACUUUAUUUACGACGGUGAUGGGUCCGCGUUCAAUGAUACUCCACCUAUAGGAUCCGGCGCUAUUGAGCAUCUCUUUGAGGGUUACUUUAGGAAGGUCGGACUCCCGACCCGUCCCACAAAUUUCAGCGGCCGCUCAGACUACGCGCCGUUCAUGGAAAUUGGAAUUCCCGUGGGUGGACUCUUCACAGGAGCAGAGGGUAACAAGACUGCUGAGGAGGCAGUGCUCUGGGGCGGAAAGGUUGGUGCUGCUUGUAAGUCAACGCAAAAAAACUGAAAGUUAGCCGUCCCCGAACUAACCAAUUCGAUAUACAGUCGACAGCCACUACCACAAGGCGGGCGACAACAUCAGCAACUUGAACAUGGACGCUUGGAUCCAGAACACCAAGGCGGCUGCUCACGCAAUCGCAACAUACGCCAUAUCGACGGAAACCAUUCCCAAGAGUAGCCCAUCCAGACUUGUUAAGCGUACUACGAAACACACUAUUCCUGGUGCCUGCGGAAGUGCACCUCUUCAUCUCACUUAGGGAUAUGGAGAAGGAUUUGUAAGAGGAAAGAAUGGACGGAUGGAUGGAUGGAUGGAUGGAUAGAAGUGACAAGAAGGAAUAAUGUUGGAUCUAUGACUUAGGUAGAUGAAAAGAAACCUUAUCAGGGGAUGAUGGUGGUGAUGAUGGUGGUGAUGAUGGUGGUGGUGGAAGGUCCAGUUGAGAAAGUUGGUGUCUGAAUUAAAUGGCAGCUUUUUUUCUGCGGUCACGAGGGCACGGGAGCUUGUGGGUUCUCAUGGUGAGAUGCAC